ACGCAGCCUCGGCCGGGGUGGGUAGGGGCCGCAGGAGCAGGCACGCUCGGGGAAACAUGGCGGCGGCGGGCCUGGCUCAGAUUCCUGAUGUGGACAUCGACUCCGAUGGCGUCUUCAAGUACGUGCUGAUUCGAGUCCACGCGGCGCCGCCCUCCGGAGCCCCGGGCGGCGAGAGCAAGGACAUCGUGCGUGGCUACAAGUGGGCCGAGUACCACGCCGACAUCUACGACAAGGUGUCGGGCGAGCUGCAGAAGAAAGGCCACGACUGCGAGUGCCUGGGCGGCGGGCGCAUCUCCCACCAGAGCCAGGACCGGAAGAUCCACGUGUACGGCUACUCCAUGGGCUACGGCCGGGCCCAGCACUCCGUCUCCACCGAGAAGAUCAGAGCCAAGUACCCCGACUACGAAGUCACCUGGGCCGAUGACGGCUACUGAGGCCCCGCGCGGGGAUUAAACGUGUUGCUGAGCC